UUGAUGAGUAUUCGUGCCAGCACAGGAGGUCUUUGGAUGACUUAAUUUUCUCUCUCUUUUCUUGAAUUGCAUAGCAAUCUAGCAGCGAACAUAAUUCCAUUCGCUGGUCCACACGGACGGAUACUAAUAAAGAAAUUUAUUCCUCAAGAGACAAACCACCUUCUAAUUCAUAAUUUCAAAGAAAAAUUCACAAUGGCCGACGUUCCUGAGAGUCCCGUACCGCAGCAACAAACUCCCGGAAGAUCGCCUUUUCAAAAUGGUGUUAGAACGUCAGGUCGCGCUUUCAGUUCGCCAAAUUGGCGCAUGAAGGGCGAGGAAAGUCCGAGUGCUCAGAGCUCUGGCUCGCCCGGGCGAAAGACAAAUUCCUCGAGGCUCACAUUCAGCAGACCAAGCUCUCAGGUGCCUCAGGCUAUUUCUGAAGGCCGCCGUCUAUACGUUGGCAACAUGCCGUAUACGGCCAAGUCGGAGGAUGUGCAAGCAUUGUUCACCGCCGCAAACUUCCCAAUCGAGCGGAUCGAUAUCGCGAUAGACCCCUUCACCGGCCGCAAUCCCUCAUACUGUUUUGUCGAUUUGGAGACCAAGGAAUUGGCGGAUAAAGCAAUGACCGAAUUGGACGGCCGUGAUAUGCUUGGCCGGCCUGUCAAGAUCAAACCUGGAGUUGCCAAAACGGCAAGCGAGCGUUCGCAGCAACAGCAACAGCAACAGCAACGAACUGAAAGCUCGCCUCGCAGCGAUAAGGGCAGCCCGUUUGCCCUUGACCGCUGGAGACGCAACGACGCGGCCGCCUUCGCUAAGGUCAACAGCGACUCUAGCCGUCGCCUUUAUGUCGGCGGUCUUCCUAAGUUAACCGACCCUGAGAUUAUCACCACAAAUAUUACCAACUUCUUCAAGGGAUACAAGGUUGGAAAUGUCAGCAAAUUGUUCCCACCUCACCCUGCGAAGCGAUUCGAGCCUGGUGACCACUACUAUCUGUUCGUCGAAUUUAGCAGCACGGAAGAGGCUCAGAAUGCCAUGGAUACCCUGAAUGGCCAGGAAGGUCCCUGGGGGGCGAAUCUUCGCGUGCAGAGAGCCCGUGGAGAGACUAGUAACUCUGACGAAAGGAGAAACAAGUGGUCAUCUGCACGCGUUGAUUCAAAUGGUGCUCCGGCUACCAACGAUAUUGCUGUCGGUGUAUAAUCGACUCACUCAGAUAUUGUUGGUCGAGAUAGAUCGUCACACAUGUGAAUCCGCUCAUAUGGGAAGUUCAUGGAC